CACCUGUUACCUUCUGAGCAACUCAUUCGACGUUGGCGUUCUGCUAAUUCUCCCCAAAGAGUUCAAGCCCUCCAGAAGCCAAAAUGGGACACAGUAAACAGAUUCGAAUCUUACUACUGAACGAAAUGGAAAAGCUGGAGAAGACCCUCUUCAGGCUUGAACAAGGGUUUGAACUACAGUUCCGAUUGGGCCCAACUUUGCAGGGGAAAGCAGUAACUGUGUAUACAAAUUACCCAUUUCCUGGAGAAGCAUUUAAUCGAGAAAAGUUCUAUUCCUUGGAUUGGGAAAAUCCAACAGAAAGAGAAGAUGAUUCUGACAAGUACUGUAAACUUAACCUGCAACAGUCAGGGUCAUUUCAGUAUCACUUCCUCCAAGGAAACGAGAGAAGCGGUGGAGGUUACAUAGUGGUGGACCCUGUUUUACGUGUUGGGGCUGACAAUCACAUAUUGCCCCUGGACUGUGUCACUCUCCAGACCUUUUUAGCUAAGUGUUUGGGACCCUUUGAUGAAUGGGAAAGCAGACUUAGGGUUGCAAAAGAAUCAGGUUAUAACAUGAUUCAUUUCACCCCGUUACAGACUCUUGGACUAUCUAGGUCAUGUUACUCCUUGGCUAAUCAGUUAGAAUUAAAUCCUGACUUUUCAAGACCUAAUAAACAGUAUACCUGGGAUGAUGUGGGACAGCUGGUACAAAAACUGAAAAGAGAGUGGAAUAUUCUUUGUAUCACAGAUGUUGUUUACAAUCAUACUGCUACUAAUAGUAAGUGGAUCCAGGAACAUCCAGAAUCUGCAUAUAAUCUUGUGAACUCACCACACUUAAAACCUGCCUGGGUUUUAGAUAGAGCCCUUUGGCAUUUCUCCUGUGAUGUUGCAGAAGGGAAAUACAGAGAAAAAGGAGUCCCUGCUUUGAUUGAAAAUGACCAACACAUGAAUUGCAUUCGGCAAAUAAUGUGGGAGGACAUUUUUCCAAAGAUUCAACUCUGGGAAUUUUUCCAAGUAGAUGUGUGCAAAUUAGUGGAGCAAUUUAGAAGACUUCUCACACAAGAAAAUAGGAGAGUAACCAAGUCUGAUCCAGGGCAACAUCUUAAGAUUAUUCAGGAUCCUGAAUACAGACGGUUUGGCUGCACAGUAGAUAUGAACAUUGCACUGACAACUUUCAUACCACAUGGCAAUGGGCCAGCUGCAAUUGAAGAGUGCUGUAACUGGUUCCGAAAGAGAAUUGAGGACUUGAAUUCAGAGAAGCGUCACCUCAUCAACUCUCACCAGGAACAGGCAGUCAAUUGCCUUCUGGGAAAUGUAUAUUAUGAACGAUUAGCUGGCCAUGGUCCUAAACUAGGACCAGUCACUAGAAAGUACCCUUUAGUUACCAGGUACUUUACUUUCCCAUUUGGAGAAAUGGCCUUAUCAGCAGAAGAAUCUAUGAUCCACCUCCCAAACCAAGCUUGUUUCCUGAUGGCACACAAUGGAUGGGUAAUGGGAGAUGAUCCUCUUCGAAACUUUGCUGAACCAGGUUCAAACGUGUAUUUAAGGAGAGAGCUUAUUUGCUGGGGAGACAGUGUUAAAUUACGCUAUGGGAGUAAACCAGAAGACUGCCCCUACCUCUGGGCACACAUGAGAAAAUACACGGAAAUAACUGCGACUUAUUUCCAGGGAGUACGUCUGGACAACUGCCACUCAACACCUCUCCACGUGGCUGAGUACAUGUUGGAUGCUGCUAGGAAACUGCAACCCAAUUUAUAUGUCGUGGCUGAACUGUUCACGGGAAGUGAAGAGGUGGACAAUAUCUUUGUGACUAGACUUGGCAUUAGCUCCUUGAUAAGAGAGGCAAUGAGCGCAUACAACAGUCAUGAAGAAGGCAGGCUGGUUUACCGAUAUGGAGGAGAGCCUGUAGGAUCCUUUGUUCAGCCCUGUCUGAGGCCUUUGAUGCCAGCUAUCGCCCAUGCCCUGUUUAUGGAUAUUACCCAUGAUAACGAAUGUCCUAUUGUGCAUAGAUCUGCCUAUGAUGCUCUCCCGAGUACCACUAUUGUUUCUAUGGCAUGCUGCGCUAGUGGAAGCACUCGAGGCUAUGAUGAGCUAGUGCCUCACCAGAUUUCAGUGGUUUCUGAAGAAAGAUUUUAUACUUCUUGGAAUCCUGGAGCCUCGCCAUCCAAUACAAGUGAUGUCAAUUUCCAGAGUGGAAUUAUUGCAGCCAGGUGUGCUGUCAAUAAACUUCAUCAAGAGCUUGGGGCCAAAGGUUUCAUUCAGGUGUAUGUCGAUCAGGUUGAUGAAGACAUAGUGGCAGUCACGAGACACUCGCCCAGUACCCACCAGUCGGUUGUGGCUGUAUCCAGAACUGCGUUCAGGAAUCCCAAAACUUCCUUUUACAGCAAGGAAGUGCCUCAAAUGUGUAUCCCUGGCAAAAUUGAAGAGGUAGUUCUUGAAGCUAGAACUAUUGAGAGAAGCACAAAUCCUUAUAGGAAGGAUGAGAAGUCAAUCAAUGGAUUGCCAAAUAUCACAGUAGAAAUUAAAGAACAUAUUCAGCUGAAUGAAAGUAAAAUUGUUAAACAAGCUGGAGUUGGUACAAAAGGACCCAAUGAAUAUAUUCAAGAAAUAGAAUUUGAAAAUUUAUCUCCAGGAAGUGUUAUUAUAUUCAGAGUUAGCCUUGAUCCACAUGCCCAAGUUGCUGUUGGAAUUCUUCGAAAUCAUCUGACACAGUUCAGUCCUCACUUUAAAUCUGGGAGCCUGGCUGUUGACAACUCAGAUCCUAUACUAAAAAUCCCUUUUUCUUCUAUUGCCUCUAAAUUAACCUUGGCUGAGCUAAACCAGAUACUUUAUCGAUGUGAGUCAGAAGAACAAGAAGAUGGUGGAGGCUGUUACGAUAUACCAAACUGGUCAUCGCUUAAGUAUGCAGGCCUCCAAGGAUUAAUGUCCGUAUUGGCAGAAAUAAGACCAAAGAAUGACUUGGGGCAUCCCUUCUGUGAUAAUUUGCGAUCUGGAGAUUGGAUGAUUGACUAUGUCAGUGGCCGGCUUGUUUCUCGAUCAGGAAAUAUUGCUGAGGUUGGUAAAUGGUUACAGGCUAUGUUCUUCUACCUGAAGCAGAUCCCACGAUACCUCAUCCCAUGUUACUUCGAUGCUAUUUUAAUUGGUGCAUAUACCACUCUUCUAGAUACAGCAUGGAAGCAGAUGUCAAGCUUUGUUCAGAACGGCUCAACCUUUGUGAAGCACCUUUCCCUGGGGUCUGUGCAAAUGUGUGGAGUGGGGAGAUUCCCCUCCCUGCCCCUCCUCUCACCCUCCCUUGUGGAUGUGCCGUACAGGCUGAACCAGAUCACCAGAGAAAAGGAGCAGUGCUGUGCUUCCUUGGCCGCAGGCUUACCUCAUUUUUCUUCUGGUCUUUUCCGCUGCUGGGGCAGGGAUACAUUCAUUGCACUUAGAGGUCUACUGCUUGUUACUGGACGCCAUUUAGAGGCCAGGAACAUUAUUUUAGCAUUUGCUGGUACCCUGCGGCACGGUCUCAUACCCAAUCUCCUCGGUGAAGGAACUUACGCCAGGUACAAUUGCCGGGACGCUGUGUGGUGGUGGCUACAGUGUAUCCAGGACUACUGUAAAAUGGUUCCCAAUGGUGUCAACAUCCUCAAGUGCCCUGUGUCCAGAAUGUAUCCCAGUGACGACUCUGCUCCUCUGCCUGCUGGCACAGUGGACCAACCGCUGUGUGAAGUCAUACAGGAAGCCAUGCAGAGGCACAUGCAGGGCAUUCAGUUCCGGGAGAGGAAUGCUGGGCCGCAGAUAGAUCGAAACAUGAAGGACGAAGGCUUUAAUAUAACUGCUGGGAUUGACGAAGAAACGGGGUUUGUUUAUGGAGGAAAUCGCUUGAAUUGUGGCACAUGGAUGGAUAAAAUGGGAGAAAGUGACAGAGCUAGAAACAGAGGAAUCCCGGCCACACCAAGAGAUGGGUCUGCUGUGGAAAUCGUCGGCCUGUGUAAAUCUACCGUCCGUUGGUUGCUGGAAUUAUCCAGAAAGAAUAUUUUCCCUUAUCAAGAAGUCAGAAUAAAAAGACAUGGGAAAUUUACAACAGUCUCCUAUGAUGAAUGGAACAGAAAAAUACAAAACAACUUUGAAAAGCUGUUUCAUGUUUCAGAAGACCCAUCAGACCCUAAUGAGAAGCACCCGAACCUAGUUCACAAGCGUGGCAUAUACAAAGACAGCUACGGCGCAUCAAGCCCCUGGUGUGACUACCAGCUCAGGCCAAAUUUCACCAUAACCAUGGUCGUGGCCCCUGAACUCUUCACUACAGAAAAAGCAUGGAAAGCUUUGGAGAUUGCAGAAAAAAAAUUGCUUGGUCCCCUUGGCAUGAAAACUUUAGAUCCAGAUGAUAUGGUUUACUGUGGAACUUAUGACAAUGCCUUAGACAACGACAACUACAAUCUUGCUCGAGGUUUCAAUUAUCACCAAGGACCUGAGUGGCUUUGGCCUAUUGGGUACUUUCUUCGUGCAAAGUUAUAUUUUUCCAAGUUGUUGGGUCCAGAGACUACCGCAAAGACUAUAUAUUUGGUUAAAAAUGUUCUUUCUCGACAUUAUGUUCACCUGGAGAGAUCCCCAUGGAAAGGACUUCCAGAACUAACCAAUGAGAAUGGCCAGUACUGUCCCUUUAGUUGUGAGACACAAGCCUGGUCAAUUGCUACUGUUCUUGAAACACUUUAUGAUUUAUAGUUAAUACAGGGAGAUUUAAUAAGUAUGUAACCACCUAUGGAAUAAUAGGGUCAAAAUACAAUAUAAAUGCCUUACAUGCACAA